AUGGAAAUUGGAAAUCCUACAGAUGUGAAGCAUGUAGCCCACAUUGGCUGGGAAGGCCCUUCUGGAGGUGCACCCACUUGGAUGAAUGAAUUCAGGGUAGGGGCCGAUUUUGCAGCGAGCUCGAUUGGUAAAUCUGGCUCGGCUCUUUCUCCGUGGUCUUCUCAUGAUUUUGGCGAGUCCAAUGGCCAACAAUCGGAGUCUUUUAAGGAUAUGCCAUCACCCGAACUUCCUACUCUGAAGACGAAGGAGAAGCGUAAGAAGUCAAAGUCAACCUCUUCACCAAAAUCGAGUGCGUCUUGUUCGUCCAGGACUUCGAGAAGGGGAAAGUCGAAAUCCAAAUUCAUCGAGAGCGGUUCAAAUCCCGCAAAUAUCCAAGUGGCGUGA